AUGACAUUUGAGCACGACAACUUAAGCAACUCAGAUAUCGUUCAACAUUGCCUCGAUCCGAAUCGCGAAAUUGUUGGCGGAGCCCUCUAUGGGAAUCUUGUAGUAAAACUGUCAGAGGAAGUAGUCGUCAAAUUUGGCCGGGGCGUUUCAGCUGAGGAGGCCGACAACCAAAGAAAGGCAUUCGAGCUACUCGAUAGCAGCAUCGUUCGCGUACCACAGUUAUAUCGCUAUUUCACUUGGUCUGAGAACGACGCAUUGCCCCCAAAUGGAUUUCUGGUUAUGGAAUUUGUCCACGGACAGGUCUUUGAAUCAGCGCAUAGUCGCCAGAUAAACCAGAUCGUAAAGAUCCUGUCAUACUUUUCAACUAUACAGAGCCAGCGCCCUGGCCCACUGCAAACGGGUGUGUCGCGCGGGCUACUUUGGGAAGAAAAUGGGGAGCCAGCCUUCAAAACCGUUAAACAAAUGGAGCGCUGGUUGAACUUCAGGCUACCAGACGUCGAGUCCAAACUAGCCCUCGAAGAGUUUCCCUUAGUCUUGUGUCAUCUGGAUCUUGCUCCGCGAAACAUUAUCUGGUUGGAGGAUGGCUCGGUGUGUCUCGUGGACUGGGCUUCGGCGGGCUUUUACCCAAGGUUCUUCGAAGUCUGCCUCCUGAAAGUUAUGCAGCACAGUCAUGGGGACUAUGAGCUAACUUUGAUGGAGCGGAUGGAGAAGCUGACGGAAGAUGAGGAGGCUCAGAUGUUGCUUUUAGCUCGAUCAUUUUACCAUGGUAUCAGGUACUCCUUUGUAAGUUUCGUUUAUCUGCCUGCAAUCUUUGUCGCUGAUAACAAUGAUUCAAGCGUUCAAUUCAGGAGUGUCUUUCGUGACACGUGA